AUGAGUCUGUUUCCUCCUGUGCCAGUGCAAAGUCCCAAGGCACAUCCAAGUAUGGAAGAGAUGAUAUGCCCUCCAUCAAAUCUUGCAAGGAUGCAUUUGAUCAAAGGAAAAGAUGCCAUAGAUCGUUAUUUGGCCAUGCAUAUCAAAGGCCUGUCAAAACAAGAGGCUGCUGCUUACAGGAAUUCAUACAAGAAGAAUGUCUGCAUAGACAUGCUGCGACAGGGUUAUCACAAGUCUUUUGCUGAGCUCUUUACUCUGAUAGAGAAGUGGAAUGCCUUGAGGGAGGCUUCAGGGCCUGGGUCAGCCAUAUGGAUGCAGAAGUCCCUAGAGGAGCAGCCUGAUAAGCUGGAUCAGCUUCACUAUUUCCUGACCAGGGCUGAGGCGGCCCAGCGAUCAGAAUACUAUGAAGAGAUGUAUACUAACCAGCUCAAUUUGGCCUAUUGUUUUAACAAACCUGAAGACAAAUGGUUAAGGAAUUACUUCUAUGAACAGUGCUACAAAACUGCUCAGUUGAUUAAAAUUGAUGGUGGGAAGAAAGAAGCUCAAGCACAUUCAAAUAUGGGUCUUGUUUAUGAAGAGCAAGGUCAGUUCCUGAAAGCUGUAGAACAUUAUGAAGCAUUCUAUCAAUUGACAGUGGGACGGAUAUGGAAAGAUGAUACAGGCCAGACUUUCAACUCUCUAGCCUGUGAACAUCUCUGGAGAGUUUACACAUUACUAGCAGACAAAAUGCUAGGAAAUAAAGAACACCAACAGGCCAUCAGAACUCUAAUAAAAGCUUUUGAAAUGGCAAAAGAAGCAAAAAAUCAGAAGAUGGAAGGUGAAGCUGCUUACUGUUUAGGCUUAGCAUAUCAUUCAGCUGGGCAAGAAAAGACAGCAAUAUCUAAGUUAAAUGCUUACCUGGAAAUAUCCAAAAUACUGGGAGACUAUGUUGGUUUAGGGAGAGCAUAUCAAGCUAUAGCCCAGAUCUUGGUAAGUCAGGGAGAAGUAGCUGAAGCUAUUGAAUACUUGGAAAAGUUCAUGAAUAUUGCCAAGAGAGUUCAGCUGAGCCAAAGCCUUGUGCAUGUAUGUACGUUCUUAGGAAACAUUUACAAUGAAAGAGGGAACUACCACAAAGCUAGUGAAUACUUCGAUCAGGCAUUUGAAGCGGCAAAUGCUCUUUCUGAUUUGGCUUUAGUGAAUGAAACAAAGGUAUAUUGUGGCAUUGGAAAAGCUCAUAACAUGAUGCUGAAAGUUAACAGUCAUACAGAAGCUACGGAUCAAGUCAGCAUCAAGUACCUGCUGGGCUGGAAGGAGAACAGAAGUGACAUGUGCGCUGACCCUUUUACAGUUGUGCCAUCAGGGCAGCCAAUUAGCAAGUCCUUGUCUGAAGAACCUAAAGUUUGA